UGCAUUGGUUGCUGAUGCGAGCGCAAUCUGCCAGUUGUGACAUUAUCGCUUGAAAUACAAAUGGCACCACCCAUAACGAAUAAUCUGGGAAUCAUAAUUUCAUCAUAUCAAUCAACUUUAACGUCUAUGAAACAAUAACGUGAUGAUGAUGAAGGAACGCUCAUGGGGUUAUAGCUAACAGCUAACCAGCACAGGUGGAUGAUUCGUGGAAUUCUUCUUGGACUCGGGCAGCCUUGACGGGGAAAAAACAAAGCAAUAACCCAUCGUUAACAUUUUCAAUUGGAGAGUCGUGAGGAUUGGCAUGGUAUUACCUCUGGAACUAACGUUAACACAAGGAUUUUGUAUUCUCGGUUGGCGGUGGUAGACGUGACCAACGGAUGGGCCAGCUAGCCCCCUCAGCUUGCCCCGUUUUCAAGGGAGGGAUGCUUAUAUCUUUUAGCCUGUUAGCCAUAUGUCGACGCUGUUAGAGCUACUAAUCCAAGGCUUGUCUACCAGCAACACAAUCUGUCACUCAACGAUCUAGCUAAUAAUUCUUACUAUGGCGGCCACUUAGCUAUCCGCUGCAGUUUUGAAUGAGCUGCAAACGGUAAUUCAUAUCAUUUUUUUUAAUCAGACAUUUUUCGAAGAAGCCACCUCCAGACCGAAUAAACCCGUUAGCUAGCAAGGUGGGCUACCGGGUGUAGGCAGUGGUGUUAGCCCACUCAGAUAACACUAGCUGGUUGGAUAGUGUAAAAUAUUUAAUAACGAUAUGUUUCAAAAAAACAUGUUAGCAAAUUAAGCAUUUGGUUUUUGGCAAUGCUUGUCUUAAGUGUUGAAUGGAAAGGUCCUUAGAAGAAGUGUACAUUUCAUUUUAAUUUCUGUCCUCGUUAGCUCGUAUUUGCUAGGUGUAUGUUUAUAAUGUCAUAGCCUACACCUAUGGUGUCAUAAGUAGUUCACGGUGUUUGAUAUUGUGAUGUUAUCUGUAGAUUAAGACAGAUAAUUUUCACACUGGAAACAAUAAUACAUUAGAUUUAUCAUAUCGGUUUACCCUCUGUAGCAGCCGUCGGACAGAACGAUGGUGUUUUCUAGAUGACAUAAAAUUAAACUUAUAUUCUUUUUAUUUGGCUGCUCUUACUUGUAAUGGUGAAAUCUGUGCUUUGAAUAGGAGCAAUAGUAUUUUUUCCUCAUACAUACACAACCCCGGAUAGACAUAGCCUAGCCACCUGAUUUUUGUUUGUGUGAUAAAGAAACCUCUGUCAGAGAGGGUUAAAGCGGAGCUUUGGCUCUAUGGAAUAGAACGUAGAACACAGGCAUAAGCCCUGUAGUUUUCGACAACUUGACACUAUUAGAAAACAUAUCUCGUCGUAGUUGCUUAUUUUGUAAUCCACCUUAAUGAUCUCGGGAUUUGGUUGUGGAUAAACGCGCCUUUGAAGGGGCUUUAGUUAACUAGAUUAAUUCUCAGCCUGUAAACAUAGACGUGGAAGUCAAUCGCCUUAUCGUGAAUUUCGCCGCACUUUUGCAUGGUGGAUGUCUGUGUUGCCUUUCCCCUCCCCAUAGCCGUCCUUGGACACUUUUGUCUUGUGUAUUUGAAAGAGAGGUUCAACUAUGGAUCUCAGCAAGCAACGGCUUGCAGGCUGCGUUUUUUAGCACUCCUUGUGGCGGACAAACAUGGAACAGAUUUUGAUGUCCAGUCCUGGAAGCCACACUGACUGGGAUGGAGAUCAGAGUAGCCUCGGGUUCAUGCUUCUGGAUUCAAAUGAUCCUGUAACGCCAUGCGGAAAUGAGGAGACAGAUAAGCGGCAACUUCGUUUUGAGGAGGGAGACAGGAAUGUCAUGUCUCUCAGCCUGGGAGAGAUAUUCUCUGAAAAUGCCUUAAAUUUAGAUGACCUGUUCCGGACUCCCCAGUAUUCUGGUGUAGAGCAGGUAUUCCCAUGGGAGCAAGAUGCAGAGCCCCCUGCCUCACAUUGGGAAAGCCAGCUCUCUUGUUCCCAGAACAUACCACCAAGUGAGCAUGGCGAGCACCUUGAGGAGAGUGCCAGCCCCUGUUCCAACGCCAGCCCAGCCAUCACAAGCAGUGUCCAACAAUGGGCCGAGGAUGCCACAGACAUCCUUGAGAGCCCACGCGUGUGCACAGUCUCGCUCAUCGCCGGCGACUCCACAGGUGAUGUGGAACAGGAGCAAGGUGUGGACACACACACACACACACCUUUGUGUCCGCAGACACUUAUACACACUUCAGCUCAGGACCCACAACACGUUUACACCCCCGAGGAGCAUACAUUGACACACAGGACUCCGCAGCUUGAUCACACACUCACAGGUGUGUGUUUGGAGCCCACAGCUCCCCCAAAUCAAACAAGUACUCCUCUUGUGUGUGAGGAGGUGGAUCUACUGCGUGUUUGCUCAGAGCAGCAUACACCUCAGUUCUCACUUGAGGAGGAUGCUUUUCAGCAAACACAACAGACUUUUGCAUCCGAAAACAUGACGGAAUCAGAAAUAUGUCAACAAACCCAUGGAAGCUCAGAUGGAGACAUUAUGCUUUGUGAAGGUGGGAUUGAACUCCUGGUACAGACUAAGGCUGACAUAUCUCAUCACACAGAGACAGAAGGAACAAAUGCUCUCACACUGUUAUCCUCACCAACAAAUGCUCUCACACUGUUAUCCUCACCUGAAGAGGAAAUUGUGACGGACCAGACUUCACACAGUAACAUUUUGAACGUACCGACUGAUGGAGAUCUUGGGUGUGAACUUGCAACUCAGCAGUUGUGUAAAGGUGAUCAUUUGUCUGUAUUGAUUACAGAGAUACACACAUCUGAACACUUACUUGAGGACACAGUUCAACAAGUCCUUCCCGAACAGACACAUAAAGAGGAAGCAUCACUGGAUAACAAACCUGUGGAAGAAAUGCCUGAAUCUGUUUUAAAAGGCAUCAUUUUGAUUGAAGGAGACCUGCUGUCUGAAGCAGUUUCUGAAUACACAACUGAGACUGAAUUGCAUGAACAAGUUGGUCAACAUGCAGAAGAAAUUUGUGAAGGCGAUGUGUUGUCUAACGAGACGCCAGACAAAAGCAUAUCUGAAAAUUCAGCAGAGAAACACAUAAAGCAAAAGGAUGCUCUAUCUGAAUUUACUUCCAAGCCAGAAUCAUAUCAGCACCUUCAUGAAGGAAUUAUAGCUGAACACACACCUGAAGAAGACAUUUUGCCUGGAUGGAUAUUUGAGGUAAAUCCGUCUGAGACAGAAAUGUCUAAACCCUUGGCUGAAAGAGUCGAUUUGUCUGAGCUCCUGCUUGAGUCUGAAGCAUAUCGACACACACUUGAAGUAGACAUGUCUUCUGAACAUGUCCCCGGGGCAGAGACAUCUGAAGACUCUGUUCAGCACACCCCAAAUGAAGAUGCUUCAGCUGUGAUGGAUCUUCAGCACAUACUUCUAGCAGAUGGUUUUCCUGAACAAACAGAAGUGGUUGAUGUCUUUCCCAAGGAUGUCAUCGAAGCAGGCAGCUCACCUAAUUCUUCCAGUAUUGCUGAGAUAAAUCCCUCAGAGGAGAGAGGCACACUUGACUUUGAAGACUCCGAUACCGUACCAACAAUUUUGGAUGAAAACACACAGAGACACAUAUUCAGCCUAGAAAAUAUUGAAGAUGACAUACUUGCUUCUGCAAACUCUGAAAGCAUAGAGGACACGACCACACUCCAACUUAACAAUUUAGAUACCACGGACUCCCCAGAAGUUGACAAUUCAAGCAAAUCACCGGAAUUCAACGCACAAAACCUGGGCGAUACAGACAUCUUAAAUCUUGAAAACUCACAAACAAAUGGCACUGACAGGACAGACACGCUCUCACCUGAGAUCUCACACAACACUGAAGACCCAUGCAUCACACACACUUUGAAUAUUGAAGUAGCAGAUGACUCACACACAUUCAGUACUAACCCCCCAGAUAAUUUACACACUCCUGACGCUGAGAACACAUCUGAACUGGACACCACUUGCCCUGACCAACAGUUUGUGGAGGGGUGUGACUCUUGUGUUGAACCGAUGAGUGACGGCAUCAGCACACAGCCUCAGGAAAAAUCGUGCACGCUAAACCCACCAGAGUCUAGCAGUGAAAACACACCUGCAUCUGACAGCUGUCCUCAUCAGUCAGGAUCUAUCAGUGUGUGUGCUGUGGACCAGAACGCCACUCUCACACCAGGUGGCCUCCCCCUCCUCACCUGUGCAGGUAACCAGCUGAGUGACAUGGGUGGAGCCCUGGGGGAGGCCUGCUCAGCCAAUCAGACACCAGCUCAGUUAGAAGGGCACCAGGGGGAGGGAGAGGCUCUCACACUCACCCAGGCGAGUCCUGAGCAGGUAACUCAAGCCCAGCGCCAUGGCAGCUCACCAGCGGAGGGAACUACACAGCAGUUGAUGGAGGUGAAGGACGUGCUGCUUUUACCCGAAUAUGGGAGCCUGGACCCUGAUCCGCUGGCCAGCGUGGAAGUUCCGAGUCCCGGGCCCAUCACUGUAGCCAUGGCGUCCAUGGAGCCCCUGAGAGCCGUUUUCCAGGCGCUGGACCAGGAUGGAGAUGGAUUUGUACGCAUGGAGGAGUUCCUGGAGUUUGCUGCUGCAUAUGGAGCUGAACAGGUGAAGGACCUGACUCGGUUUUUGGAUCCCAGUGGACUGGGCGUCAUUAGCUUUGAGGAUUUCCACCGUGGGAUCACAGCCAUCAGCAAUGGAGGUUCAGAACCAGACCUCUAUCGACUGGAACUCAAUGCUACUGAUGCCAGGUUGCCAGCAGAGGAGUAUGAUGAGCAGGCCGAGGUGUCGGACAGUGUGUACCUGGGCUCGGAGAGUGCCUACAGUGAGUGCGAGACGUUCACAGAUGAGGACACGGGCGCGCUCGCUCCCCCUGAGCUGCACGAGGACGUGGAGACGGACAGCGGCAUCGAGAACACACUCACCGAGGGAGACGACCACCGCAACAGGUUCUCUCUGGGGGCAGAUAUUCAUGGCCACGCCCUGUCAGCCGUGAUUGGCGGGGAGGAGGAGCACUUUGAGGACUUUGGGGAGAGCAACACCUCCGACCUGCUGCUGGCCAAUCACGAGGAGGAGAGACCGGGCCCUGAGGACGCAGGAGACCCGGAACCACACCCUCACCCUGGCAGCCCCAAACGCUGCCCCCCUGUUCUGUCGCCCAGUGGCGGCGAUGUGCCGGCCAGCCUGCAGGCGCUGCUGCAGUCCGAAGCGCUGGACUUCUUCUGCAGCCACUGCCACAAGCAGAUCAGCAGGCUGGAGGACCUGUCCACCCGCCUGCACCUGCUCGAGAUGAAUAGCUCCGGCAAGCGGCUGUCCAGCAAGAAAGCAGCGAGGCUACUGCAGAACAGUGCCCUGGGUCUGGAGGGGAUGGGAGACCUGAGCCAUGGCCUGCUGGACCUCACAGACACCGAUAUCACUGACAAGAUGCUGCUGCUGGAGCGUCGCGUGUGUGAGCUGGAGCAGGACUCGGCCCUGAGCGAGGAGCAGCACAGCCGCUUGCGGCAGGAGAACCUGACGCUGGUGCACCGGGCCAACGCGCUGGAGGAGCAGCUCAAGGAGCAGGAGCUGCGCGCCGACGACACGUUGCACACGCACACGCGCAAGCACCGCGACGCCAUGGCCAAGCUGCAGCGCGAGAGGGACCUGGAGAUCGAGAACCUUCAGGCCAGGCUGCAGCAGCUAGAUGAGGAGAACAGUGAGCUGAGAUCAUGUGUUCCCUGCCUAAGAGCCAACAUUGAGAGACUGGAAGAGGAGAAGCGUAAGCUUCAGGACGAGGUGGAAGACAUGUCGGAGCGGCUGAACGAGGAGCUGGACUCUCGCAGGAAAAUGACAGACAAACUGAGCCACGAACGCCACAACAACCAGAAGGAGAAGGAGUGCAUGCAGGAGCUGAUUGAGGACUUACGUAAACAGCUGGAGCACCUGCAGCUCUUCAAGCUGGAGAUGGAGGCCAAGAGAGGCCGCUCCCCCAGCGCCGGCCUCCAGGAGUACAACACACGCACGCGAGAGCAUGAGCUGGAGCAGGAGAUCCGCAGGCUCAAACAGGAUAACCGCAGUCUGAAGGAGCAGAACGAUGAGCUGAAUGGACAGAUUAUUAAUCUGAGUAUCCAGGGAGCCAAGAGCCUGGUGUCAGAGUCCUUCUCGGAGUCGCUUGCCGCUGAGAUCAACUCCGUGUCCCGCAGCGAGUUGAUGGAGGCCAUCCAUAAGCAGAAGGAGAUUAACUUCAGACUACAGGAUUACAUCGACCGCAUCAUCGUUGCUAUCAUGGAGUCCAACCCCUCUAUCCUGGAGGUCAAGUAGACGCCCUGGUCGCACUGUAGCGUGCCAUGGCCACCUGCUCUACACAGAGACAGUCAGAGCAUACUGGUUUCACUGGACGUGGAGGACACAAAGAGAUUAAAACUGUGGAGACGGAUGAACUUAAACAUUAUCACAUAUUACUGAAGACGAGUGUUAACGGUCAAAGCCAUCGUGCGCGCGUCUGUCUGUCUGUGUGUGUGUGUGUGUGUCUGUGAGACCGAAUGCUGGUUCCUUUGACGUCCCUUUGUUUUGGGCUGAGGGGCCUUAGUUUCCUCUCUCUCACUCUGUGUGUGUGUGUGUGUGUGUGUGUGUGUGUGUGUGUGUGUGUGAGUAAGUGUGUCUUGUGACUGUGCCUUGCAUGGAAGUGCAAUACAUCCAUAUAAUUUUUAUGAAUAGAUAUCAAGCCCCCCUUCAUCACACUGCUGUAGCACUGGCUGCUAUUAAGAAUUUCCACUUUAUCCCACAUGAAGCAUUCAAGCAGUGUUGUGUGUGAUUUCAGGCACACUGCAAAAGUGCAAAAAUGUCAGUCACACACAUCUCCUCGCACACCGUCAAUUCUGUUUGCAGUGUUAAUAUUAAUCCCGGUUGAAUCAGUCACACCAUUCCACCCACGUGAGGGACCUCUUAGAGGAGACGGAGAGGUCCUGAGGGUAGAGGUUGUCAGAGUGCUUGUGUGUUUGUUUAUUCGUUUGUUUAUCUUUGAAGGAGGUUCCAGAUGAUUGAUUAUGUUAUUAUUCAAAAAGGAUCACCUGUCAUUAUGUCAUGUUCAUGCACUGGUCUUCUGAUUUUUAAAAAAAUAUAUAUUUAUUUAUUGCAAUGAAGCGGAAUUCAAGGGAUCAAGCUGAUGGCUAGCUGACAUACAGAAACCAACAGCACACCUAGCCAACCCACCCAGACGACUGCUUCAGUGCUGUUGCAUAGACAAAAGCAUAGGCUUGUGGGUAGUGUAGUUUCAAUCCUGUGUAGUUCUGCUGAGUGAAAGGAAGUGAGGUCUCUGACUGCACAGCCUGAGAGGAAAACAAACAAACAAUGGUGCGCUCAACUGAUGAAGAGAUACUUACAGAGAGUGGUCAGCCUCGGUUCUCAUUCCAUUUCUCUUGCUUCGUUGGAGAUGGGAACAACAGGACUCUAACUGUUCUCUGAAGAUGUGUGUAGAUUUGGAAAUGAAGGAACGACACAACUCUGUGUCUGGAGAACUGUAUAUGUACAUAAACAUGCACACACACACAACAAAUGUUUUUGUGUGUGUGUGUGUGUGUCUGGGGAGUUGUGAAGGAAUCUGCUCUCACCUGUGGAAAGUGCCCAGCCCAACCAAAAGGCUCUGCACGCUCAGUCUCUCAGCCUGCCACCCCACCACCACCUGGCUCUCUCUGAAGCUGACCUCUCAAAGGCCUUGGUUCAAACUGACUUCUGCCUGUAAAGUUUGUUUUCUAAAUGCUGACUGUACUGUAGGUAAUUUUUGUAGAAAAGUAAGAAGGAAUGAAAAGGUUUUUUGUUUUGUUUUGUUAAUUUUGUCUUCCUCUGGGAUGACUGCAUUCCUGUGUGGCGUGUUCUCCACAGAAUGCCACACAUCACAUGCUUGUUGAUAAUGUGUAGAUAUUUAUUCUUUGAACCAUGUGGCUUGGUCAGUCUAACCGCCAGUUUCAAAAGCCCUGGCUUUCCGUGCUCUGAGGGAACUUAUUUCCUUGUCUGUAUCAAGCAGACAGGAAUAAUGAUGAGGGAAUUAACCCCCUGUUUGUUCAUGUCUGGGAAUGCUAUUGUUCAAACGGAGUCUCCCAUGUGAGAGUGCUCUUGUCCUGACACCCUUUAGAUCACUGGUUUUGCACUUCUGCACUCAUUGGGCCUACCCCUUGCUCCCACCUAAAUGGUUUAAUCCUGAGCCCAUGAUUGGUUGGGCUGUGGAGGAUGUGUCCAUUGUGGCUUAAGGUUAGGGGUCUUGCAGAGGACCACAGGGUUACACCUGAUGCACUUUAAUGAAGAAGAAAAUUAAGAGGAAAAAAAAAAUGAAAUCUUCAACAAGUCUGUUUCCAUGGCAACCAAAGAGUGUGCGCAAAAGGCUCAAAGCCUGGUUCCUCACUCAGCUUUCUUGCUCUGACAGGAGUGUGUGUGUGUGUGUGCCACUUCCAUCUUAUGUUGAGUCACUCUGAGCGUGCACACUCUCACACGCACUCCACAUUCUGUUCAGUUAUAAAUAUAUGAUGUAAAUAUGCGAAUAAAUGAACUUGUUCUUUUGUGGACUCACACCUUAGCUUCCAAAGAUGCAAGUACAGAGCUCACUACUGGAGAACUCAACCUGCCAUCCAAAUACACAAACAAACAAAAAACAAAACAAAAACAGCUAAUAAGCAAAUAUAAACACAUAAUCUCAUUGUAAUGAAGCAUUGAAUUGUAAAGUGAAGUUUAUUACCAUUGUGAAGGACACAUGUAUAAAGGCUAAGAUCAGUAUUGUAGAUGUAACACUUAUUGUUUGGGGAAUUAUAGAUUUUCAAGUAAAAUUCUGUAAAGAUGAUAUCCGAAAUAAAAAUAGAGAGAAAUAAAUCAAAUUGAAAUACA